AUGGCUGGUGUUGAUAUCUCGGUGCUCAAGCACUUUAUCAGCUUCGAUGGCUUGAAAAACGACGCCAAGAGUAAAAAUUUCAGCGUGUACGGCAAAUGGUUGGGGAUCUUCUCGGUGCUUUUGUGUCUUGCGUUGGGGAUUUCAAACAUCUUCCGUUUUGAUUUGAUCAUCAUCUUCUCUAUUCUUGCCAUUGUCCAAGGGGUCCUUGUGUUGUUGGUGGAGCUCCCGUUCCUUCUUAAGAUUUGUCCUUUCAAUGCUGACUUCACCGGAGUCAUGAAGCAAUUCAAUAACAAUUGGCCAAGAGUGGGAUUCUAUGUGUUACUUGCCGUGAUUCAAUGGCUCUCGUUGGUCAUCAAGGCGACUUCCUUGAUCACAUUGGCAGUGUUAUGGACGUUUUGUGCUAUAAUGUACGCUAUUUCUGCUGCCACCCAUCAAGAAUUUCACAAUGGCACUGAAGGUGCGGGUAUUGCUGCCGUCUCCGACAUUCCUCCAAGUGCUAUUAGACAGGUUCUUUAA